CUUACACAAAUUACAUACUACACUAAAGAUAUGGCAUUCCAAAUUGGAGAAAUGUCAACAGAGCAACUGCUUGAUGCUCAAGCCCAUGUAUGGAACCACUUAUUCAGUUUCAUAAACUCCAUGUCUCUGAAAUGUGCAAUUGAAUUGGGCAUACCAGAUAUCAUCCACAACCAUGCCAAACCAAUGUCUCUUUCUCAAUUGGUCGAUGCCCUUCCCAUUCCUAAGGUAAAAUCUCAUUUCGUCUACCGUUUGAUGCGCUUACUAAUUCACUCUGAGUUUUUUGUCAAAGUCGACGUCUCUGAUGAAGAAGAAAAAGAGCAUUAUUGGCUCACACCUGCCUCUCUCCUCCUCUUGCGGAAUGCGCCCUUGACGGUGGUACCGCUUGUACCACUCAUAUUGGAUCCCAUUUUUACAACGCCCUUUGAUUAUGUAAGCAAAUGGCUUGCAAGCGAACACCAUUAUUCCUCACCAUUUGAAAUGAGGCAUGGAAGGAAGGUGUUUGAGCAUGCAGGGCAUGAGUUGGGGGUGAACAAAUUGUUGAAUGAAGCUAUGUCUAGUGAUGCGAGGCUCUUGACUCAUGUGCUUGUUAGAGAUCAUAAACAAGUGUUAGAGGGGAUCAAAUUGUUGGUGGACGUAGGAGGUGGCACCGGGGCAACGGCUAAGGCCAUUCUUGAUGCAUUCCCCGACAUGAAGUGCAUUGUUCUUGAUCUCCCACAUGUUGUGGGUGGCUUGGAAGGGACUGACAACUUGAGCUACGCUGCAGGAAACAUGUUUGAGACUAUCCCCUCUGCUGAUGCUGUCUUCCUCAAGUGGAUAUUGCAUGACUGGAAUGAUGAAGAUUGUGUCAAAAUAUUGAAGAAAUGCAAAGAAGCCAUCACUGGCAAGGACAUGGGAGACACCAAGGUGAUGAUUAUUGACAUGGUUUUGGAUAUCUACGGAAGAGAUGAUAAGGCAGUGGAAACUCACCUCUUCUUCGACAUAGCAAUGAUGUCUUAUAUUAAUGGUAAAGAAAGAACCGAAAAAGAAUGGGCAAAGCUCUUCUUUGAUUCUGGAUUCACCAGUUAUAAGAUUACUAAUGCAUUUGGUCUGAGGUCUCUCAUUGAGGUUUAUCCUUGAAACCAUGAAAGGAAUUAUCAAUUGAAUUAUCAAGUAUCCUCUCCGAAAUAUUAGUUCUAAGUGUAAAAUAUUUUGUACUAAUAAUGUUAUUGGCUUCGAAGUUUAGUCUCCUCCCACACUCCUUGGAAUGGUGUAUGUUAAUAGUUGAUUUAAAUCAAUGAAAAUUUGUUGAA